AAUCGGCGAAUACAAAAAAUCAAUGAAAGGUCCAGAACUAGACUGCUAUACUCCCAACUCACUGAACCAAUGUUAGUCCUCUCAUUUUCGCUGUAUACAUUCUUCCCAGCUCUUUGUCCCUAUCUCGAUUAGUUUUCAUUGCACAGGUUUAUUCUUUCUUAAUGGUGAGAUAUACAUUGGGCCAAAGUGUUACAGCUGUGUGAACCCUACCUGAAGCCGAUGGACCCUUCUAGCAGUCUUCCAGCCAAUCAUCUCCUGAUGAAGCUCAGAGGGAAGGUAAUAACAUCAUGCAAGCACUCACAAGCACGGGAAGCACGUGAGAAAGCUGUGGAGAUGGGACAACUGAACAUAGAGUCUGUGAGAUAUCACUGUGGACCGUACAGUGACAGGCUGGGGAUAUACCUCCUGGACAUGGCUGAUAUACUACUGAUUGAAAUGGGGAGAAUUCAGGAGGCCAGAAAAUAUCUCACAGAGGCAAAGAGGGUUUUGGAGGUAACGCAUGGACCACAGCAUUCACUGAUGUUAACGAAAGUGCAAGAACUGCAUGAUCUAGCUGAAUGGUUCCCCCUUCUGUCUGUAACUGCAGAUAACACAUGUCUAGCAUCAGUCACUGAUGUCAACAAGAAAACAAGACCUUUUAUAUAGCAGUAGAUGACACUGGAAAUACUAAAAAUGGGAGGACAGAGCGACAGUGAGAGUGAGAUCGAAAGGAAACAACAAGAAACAUAACAAGUUUGAUAAUGUGGCAUACAAUCAAUAUGAAAUGUAGUCACUGUAGUUGUAAUUCAUAAUUCAAUGGUACAAAUAGAUAGGCGUGGACUCGGAGACUGAGUAGUGACUAGUAACAAUGAAUGAUAAUUGAUAUUUGAUUUUAGCAAUCGAGCUUCAGCUGAACUUCAAUUACAAUACGUGACUGUAGUUGUAGUACUAUAGAGUCAGAGGGUUGCCAAAGAGAAUGAUGGUGUUCUCUAUCAUCUCAUGUGUGGUUUAAGUACAUUCCUUGUAAAUCGGCUUCAUGUCAGAAAGAUGUUGAUCUAUGUUUUUUGUAUAGGUUUAAAUCAUUAUGCAGGUUUAUUCGCAAGGUGAAUAUGAUAGCAUAGUUAUCUUUCUCAUUUAGAUGAUUAUGUAACCAUGUAGUUCAGUAAAAGUAACAUUGUUUAAUUAAUAUUUUGUUUUGAUCUGGAAGCAAUCACAUUAAUCAUGCUUUUAAUCAUGAGUCUUUACACUAGUAAAAAUUCAUCCAUUAUUUGAUCGUGGAACGGCAUAUUUUCCAUAAGAAUCUGAAUUGGAUAUGACUCUUGUAUCGAGUUUGGUUCAAUCAUUUUUAAGUCUACUCUUUCAAUUUAUAUAUAGAUCUAUUAUACGAUAGGAAUUCUACCAUUAUUGGUAAUAAUUCUGAUUGAAUCAUUUAAAAUUCCUAAAUUGUCUUUGAUGUGUUUUAAGACGGAGGCAUGUUAUCACAGGAUAAUGAUGGUGGCUAUUUAUAAUGCAAAUAAGGGGAUUUGCCUGUCAUUAUAUGAUAAUGGUGUUCUUGAAGUUCUGACUCAAUUAUUUCGGUGUAGUCUGUGGAUGGAGGUACAGACUUCCGAUGUUUAAUGUGUCAGCGUUACUAGCUGAUUGAAAUUACAUUUGAUGUUUCAAUAUUAAUUGUUAUUCAACAAAUUCUAUUCAUUUACAUUCAACAAUAUUGUUAAUGACUAUAUGUAUACAAGUAUAUGAUGCUAGGUCAAAAAUAUUUUGUCAACAAGUCGAAGAGAAAUACAUGUACAUGCUUUCCUCUAACUAAAGAGAUAAUUGGUACUUCCAAAGUCUGAUAUCAUUCAAAGAAAAUAAAAAUACAUUGUACAUAUAUUUGUAUUCUUUUUACAGGUGUAUUUUAAAAUAGAUUGUUAUGCGACUAGAGCUAGAAACUUAUGGAAAACAAUUAAACAGCACUUAGUUAUGA